UGUGACUGAGUGGACACACAGGCUGCAGGGCUUCUGACAUUUCACUUUUUCAUUUUAAGGACAAAGUCUGAAGAAGUGUAGGGGGAGUUUUACAUGCGUUAAAGGGAGUUUUGUUGUGCGUAAAAAGGAGUUUUUCGUGCGUAAAAAGGAGUUUGUUGUCUAAUUUCACAGGAAUUCUGUUUUAUUCGGAGCGGUUUAUUUGGACGCUGUGAGCUGGGUGGAGUUUUCUUUGCAUCCUGGACAGUCCCUGCAGAGCUCGGAUGACCACGCAGAGGAUGGUGGGGCUUUGGGUCACCGUGCUGAUGGUGUCGGCUCUGACCGAGGGGGUCUUUGGGGGAUACGGGCUCAGCAUGUUCGCGGCUCAGUCCUCCCCUCCAGACCCGUGUUACGACGAAAACGGCAACCCUCGCAGAUGCAUCCCAGACUUCGUGAACUCUGCUUUUGGGAAGGACGUGCGCGUUUCCAGCACAUGCGGCAGCCCCGCGGCCAGGUACUGCGUGGUGACCGAGAAGGGAGAGGACCGGAGCCGGGACUGUCACACAUGUGAUGCUGGGGAUCCAAAGAAGUCUCAUCCUCCCGCGUAUUUAACGGACCUGAACAACCCGCACAACCUCACGUGCUGGCAGUCAGAGACCUACAUGCAGUACCCACAGAAUGUCACGCUCACUUUGUCUUUAGGGAAGAAGUUUGAGGUGACCUACGUGAGCCUGCAGUUCUGCUCACCCAGACCAGAAUCCAUGGCGAUCCUGAAGUCCAUGGACUACGGCAAGUCGUGGGUGCCCUUUCAGUUUUACUCCACGCAGUGUAAGAAGAUGUACAACCGCCAGAACAAAGCCGUGAUCACCAAACAGAACGAGCAGGAGGCGAUCUGCACGGACUCCCACACCGACAUGCACCCGCUGAGCGGCGGGCUCAUCGCCUUCAGCACCCUGGACGGGAGACCCUCCGCGCACGACUUCGACAACUCCCCGGUGCUGCAGGACUGGGUGACGGCCACCGACAUCAAGGUGAUCUUCAGCCGGCUGCACACCUUCGGAGACGAGAACGAGGACGACUCGGAGCUGGCCAGAGACUCGUACUAUUACGCGGUGUCGGACCUGCAGGUCGGGGGUCGCUGCAAGUGUAACGGACACGCGUCAAAGUGCGUCAAAGACCGAGAGGGGAACCUGGUCUGUGAGUGCAAACACAACACGGCGGGACCGGAGUGCGACAGGUGCAAACCUUUCCACUAUGACAGACCGUGGCAGCGCGCCACGGCACGAGAGGCCAACGAGUGUGUCGCAUGCCACUGUAACCUACAUGCCCGGCGCUGUCGUUUCAACAUGGAGCUGUACAAGCUGUCGGGCCGGAGGAGCGGUGGCGUCUGCCUCAACUGUCGUCACAACACAGCUGGACGCCACUGUCACUACUGCAAGGAGGGUUACUACAGAGACAUGACCAAGUCCAUCUCUCACCGCAGGGCGUGCAAAGCAUGUGAUUGCCAUCCAGUCGGAGCAGCAGGGAAGACAUGUAACCAGACAACAGGCCAAUGCCCCUGCAAGGACGGAGUGACUGGAAUCACAUGCAACCGCUGUGCCAAAGGAUACCAGCAGAGCCGCUCUCCAAUCGCCCCCUGCAUCAAGAUUCCAGUUGCUUCUCCGACAGCCACCUACAGCAGCUAUGAGGAGCCAUCAGAUUGUGAAUCUCACUGCAAAGCCUCCAAGGGAAAGAUGAAGAUCACCAUGAAGAAAUACUGUAAAAAAGAUUACGCGGUCCAAGUCCACGUUCUAAAAGGAGACAAGGCUGGCGAGUGGUGGAAGUUCACUGUCAACAUCAUAUCAGUCUACAAACAAGGUGAACAUCGCAUCCGCCGCGGGGACCAGUUGCUGUGGGUUCGUGCUAAAGACGUGGCGUGCAAAUGCCCGAAGAUCAAGCCUGGGAGGAAGUACCUCCUCCUGGGCACGGACGACGAUUCCCCCGGACAGAGUGGCGUGGUAGCAGACAAGGGAAGCCUGCUCAUCCCCUGGAAGGACCUGUGGGGCCGCCGGCUGAGGAAGUUUCAACAGCGUGACAAGAGGGGGAAGUGCUAAAAGCGGCUGGAGAGGAGGGAGAGAUUGACGGAGAGGUGGAGGCAAAAAUAGCGUCUCCACCGGGAUGAAUGCACGAAGGAGGAGAGGAUGAUGAAAAUAAACUGGAGAGUAUAACAUAGAGAGACACAGGAGAAUAUUAGGAGGGAUGGAGAAGGACUGAGUGCUGCUGCUCGGAGUCGGAGCGAAGAGUUUAGUCUUUUUUUUUUUUUAGGAACUUUUGUGAAGGAGCUCAUUCCACAGUUGUUUGUCUUCAAGGUUUGUUUUUGUUUAAUUGCAGAGUUUGCACCUAAUGUUACAGAAAUGUCAUAUCCUGACUCUGUUACCCAUGAUGCCUUUAUGUUUUACAGUCCCACUGCCAUGUUUAGUUGUUUUAAAGAGCAAUGAGUCUACCUUUUAUCCCACAGUGCUGUGUUAAGCUUGUUCAAUAAAGAGACACUGCAUGGCACUUGACAUAGCAGCCAUUUUUCUCUGACAUCAUGCUCAAGGCAGGAAGCUCAGAUUUAGUAAUUUCAACAUAUUGCUGUGAGCCAGCAAGUAUGUCUGCAGGACAGCGGCCAUUCUGGAUGAAAAGACAAAUGGUUAGAUCAGGGUAAUAAAUCGAUCUUACUGAUCAACUGUGUAGUCGCUCCAUCUUGGCUUUGCACAGUUUAGUACAAGUGAACUGGUGGGAAACCCCUCGUCUGAGUGAGAAACAUUUGAGUCAUUUUUGCUCCAGUUCGCUUUAUUCUCUCUCUCCUCACUCACAUCAAAACACACAUUUUAGAGCAGGUGUGCAUGGACUGUGUGGCAUUUUUUAAGUGGCAAGGCCUCAUCGUCCAGCCCUACAAGUGAUGCUUCUAUAACAGUGGUUGGAUCUGUCCACCAGUCUAUAUGAACAGUCACUUUAUCACUCUGCUGCUUUUUCCCAUUUAUCUUUUCCAAUCUCAUAAAAGUUGUCAGCUGUGGGGGAAGCUCUCACUCUGCCAUCAGCUCACUGAAGUCGUCUUUUUCUAAGAAAGUUAAAGACAGUACAUCUCUACCAGUUUCCUUAUAAGCAGGCUAAUCUUCUCCACUUUGGUACCAUCACAAUAUUGGCAAACAGGGCUUGCAAAUACUGUGAUAAUACAAUAAUGAUAUGAUUUUUCCUGCAGUUAAACUGCUGGUUUCUCCUCUAGUUUUAAACUCAUUUGUUUAAACAUCAAACGAGUAUUUUUAGAUGUGGGUUAAAAACCACAUACAGGCAUUAUAGGGCCGGUUCAUCUGAAAAUUAGGAGUAGUUUGUAUCUUGACCACCUUAGACCACUUAAAACCUGGUCUAAAGUCCUUUUUGUAUUUGAGUUCAGUGACCCAGUGAAAGAGAAGAGAUAGCUGAAGUUCAGACUGUUUAAGAAUAAUACCUAAAACCUGCACCAGCCUGAAGGUGCACACCAGGGCUGGGCAAUUAAUCGCGAGUAAGAUCAAAUCGCAAUACGGCCUGCUGUAAUUUACAAAUCGCAGAAGUUGAAGUAUUUCUUGAACUUGAAAUAUGUCAAAAUAACAGUUUAAUGCAUUCAUUUUUGCUGCAGCAGCAGCAGCUUCACAAGCUUAACCUCCUCCAACCCAGCCACCUCCUUUAUAGCUUAAAGCAGUGGUUCCCAACCUUUUUUCCUUUGAGCCCCCCCACUUGUAUCUAAGAAAACCCAAGCCCCCCCUUGGACUGACACAAAAAAUAGUGAGACAUUUUGGCCAAUUUUAACAAAAUUUUUACUUAUUUUUUGUGUAAAUCCAAACAAAGUAGCCUUCGUAUGACUUAUUCACAAAUGUUUUACCAUGAGUUUUAUUAAUAUGUGCAAAUCUAGUUUAACAACCUCCAGGCAGACAAAGCCUCUCGCCCCCCCUAAGAUCUCUGGCGCCCCCUUUAGGGUGGCCCCAGGUUGGGAACCAAGGGCUUAAAGCUUAUUGCAUCCUCAUAUUCAGAUUCAUGCGACUAUGAAUUAAUUGCUUCGGAAAUAAUUUCAUUUUUGUCAAAACACAUUGUCAUGUACGUAUCCAUCCAUAUGGGGGUUUCUAGUCAUGUGCUCCCUGGAAAGUCAGAGCAUGCUGCUUUACUGACCCAGGAAGGGGCAGAACCUUCUCUACCAAGUAAAACUGUGGGCUAUAUCCAUUUUGCAACAAGCUGGUAAAAUGUAUGAUGAGUGCUCCUGACUGAAUUUAGGUUAUACUAUUGAUUUAUUGCUUGAAUUUGUUGAAAAAUGCACAAGUUGAGUAACCUAAUAAUAAUCGCAUGUUAAAUCACAAUCAUAAUGACAGGGAAAAAAUUGCAGCUAGAUUAUUUUUGCAAAUCGCUCAGCCUUAAUGCACACUGCUCUUAAAGGGAGAUGAUGCUCUAAUUGGUUUGAGCCAUGUUAUGAUCAAGAUAUUAAUUUAUAGUCAAAGCUCACACUUAGGGCUUUCAACAACUUACUUUUUAAUCCUGCUUGAUCUCAAAAUUCCUAGAGGUAAUCAGGAUUGCAUUGUGAGCCUCCACUGUUUUGCAAUUUAAAAUAUUUUUUUUUCAUUCUGGAUUUUUGUGUUGGGUGACUGACUUCCUGUUUGUUUCCUGGAUAGAAUCCGGCUUUAAUUUUUAAAGGCAAUGAGGAACGUUGGAUAGAUCAAAGAGUUUGCAUCAUUGCUUACAGCUUUACACAUAAUACAUUCUCUUACUGCUUGUUGCCUGGCUUUGCGCAGGGAUUUUGCACUUAAAAAGGAAAAUGUCGACGAACAUGCUCCAAAUCAGUUAGCGCCACCUACGUAAGGCAAUGUGCUUUAUGUCAAUAAAGAAUCAGAAUAAAAGUAUGACAUUUUACUUUUUCUCGCCUGGGCAGCCACUGCAAACUACAAAAAUAUGAAGCCUCUAUUGAUCGUUGUCUUUUCCCCAGUGAUAUGACUUGUACACAGCUUAUGCUUUGAGCAUGAUGUUGAAGGAAAAGGCUGCUGUGUGAAUAUGGUGCCUGAGGAGCAUCAACAUGUCUGAUAAAAUGCUUAUAUUGCCUCUUCUAAGAUGCCAGAUUUACUUUUCCAACAGCUGAAAGAAUAAACUAUGAAAUUAUUCCUACAUUUAAAAAUAUAUAAUGGGUGCAAUUCUGUCCCUGAGCUCCUGGCUCAUAUCUAAGUGUUACCUCAGUGAAAAAUCAUUUGUAUAAUGAUCAUAUUUCAUGCUAGCAGUAAGUGUUUGCUCAGCGCUUAUCGAUGUAUCAACAGUAUGUUGUGGUUGUGACCUCUGCAAUGUAAAGUAACCAUACGUGCAUACAUAGACAUUAUUUUUCUGUAGAUAAUGAGAGUAGAGUAGAAAUGUCAACCAUGCACUUAUUUUUACUAGUCUGGACUUCUAGAACAUAUGAGAUAUGUUCACGUUUUAGAGUGGCAUCCAAAAAAAGAAAGAAGAUUCCAUAACUGCACCACGAUGCAAAAAAACAAACUGUACAGUUUGAAUCGUUUCUGCCUCACUGAUGUCUGUUCUUUCAGAUUUUAUUACAGCUACGGAUACGUCAGAGUUUAUUUUGUAAUAAAGGACUAAAUUGAAGAUGGAUGUCAGAGUGAGAGAACUGAAAAAAAUAAACCAUCUCACCUCAGUAAAAAAGGAAAAAGAUCAACCUAUCAAGAGUCGUCAUACCACUGACACGAUGCAUGCUCACUACUUACUGUAGCUGACUGAUAGCUAACAAUGAUUGUGAAUUAUGUACACAUUUAAUUUGUACACAGUAUUCAGUGUUGUGGGAAAAUAACCUGUGGAGUGAUAUAAUAUCACAUGUUUGUUGUACAGUGCAUUCAGCACGCCAUGCCAAUGUUUGUCACCUCAAAGCGCCGUUUUGAGGACCAAGAUAAAGACUUGGUACACGACAAACAGACCGAUUGUCUACAUGUUAUAUAGCUGUAUAGUAUUACUUUUUUUAUUUUGUGUUAAACAUUAACUAGAGCUAUCUCCAUGUGAACUAAACCAGAGUUUUAAAUGCUAGAGGCUUAAUAAAUGGAAAACAAAUAAAUGAACGUCAGAGAAAAGAGACUAUAAAUCUGACCUACACUAAAUCAAACACAAACAUAUAAACACAAGAGGAAACCUCAGUAAUCUGUGCAUCACACUGUAAUUCUUUAAGGGAGGUUUCACAUCAGGGGUCUGGGUCUGGAUCUGAGCACACUUGACCUCAAAGACUGGUUCAUUUGACCAAACGGAGUGAAGAGGUGGUCUGUGGCUUUGGUUCUCAGCUGGUGGAUGGGGGUCUUAAUGGAGGGUGCAUGCCAUUUUCAGUGGGUCACAGUUGUGUGCUUGGAAAAAAAUUUGGCAAAACUGCAACUUUAAUCAAGAUAACAAUAAUAAGUAUGUGUUUACUAUGCCGAGUUACAGAAAUACUAGUGUGCUUCUUGUCUGAUAAGAUGCUAGGUUAAAGGUUUUCCUUAGAUGCCAUAUUUUUGCCCUCUAAAUUUAAUAAUCCUCUGGGGGCCAGAUGGGAAGCUGUGAGGGGCCUGAUGUGGCCCCCAGGCCUCCAGUUGACUAUCACUGGUCUAGGGCAUGAUUCCUGUCUAUUUGAGUUCAACUGGAGGAAACAGAAAGCUCCAGAAACACACAGUCAGGGGACUAUCCUGAUGACCCCAGUUGGUCUAAUUAAGCUGUUCUCUAAACUACAAGAGUUGCUGGAGCUUCCUGUUUCCUUUCUUCAUCCUCCAUGCACCUUAGAAGUUGUUGAGGUUGUGCCAGAUGUUCCCUUUAAACUAAUUUUGCAAUUGCAUUUAAUUUCCAGUCAAGCAUAAAAUAGAAUUGUGUCUAGUUGAGUAGUCUACAGUAAAGAAAUCACCCAGAAGAUUGUCAAAACUGAACACUGUUUAUUUAUGUGGAUUGGGUCACAGCAGCAGUGGGUCAACAGCAUGAAGUCUGUUUGCAGAAUGUGGCCAAGAUUAGCAGUGCCGGCAAUGCCGGCCAAUGCUCUUUGCAGGUUAGCAUCCACAUUCGUGUGCUGCAUGUCAUCACUGGCUCAGUUAAAUGUAAAUACAACCUGACACAGUCUCUGUUACUAGGAUCAGACAGUGCUAAACUGUGCUGCCUUCACAAGAUGCUAUCAGUUCUAUCAGUGCAUCAUUGUUUACAUGUGGCAGCAUGGCAGUAGCCUUUAACUAAAGCAGCCACUAGUGGUGGCAGAAAUAGUAGGACAGUCGUCUGUUCUGGUGCUAACAAUGAAUCUGAUUUAAUGGUUAAACUGGCUAAUCAUACGCAUCCCUGUCCUAAAUGUUCACUGACUCCUAAAAAACAACGUACAAGUGCAGCAUGGCCCUCUUCUGCUCUCUGUACUGCAUGUUAGAUGUGGCGGUAAAAAGAGGGUCAUUGUUGACACCUUUAAAAUGAUAAAAACCUCCACAGCAGCAGAUGGACUCCACUGUCUGCACCUACUACAACCUAAUGCCAGCCAGUUGAUCCCAUGGGUGGCUGCUUCUUCCUUCUUCUUCUUGGUGGAUUUGCAAACUAAGUGCAUACCCCCACCUACUGAAUCAAACUAUACAAAGACAAGUGUGCUCAUUACUAAUGUGAAACCAGAAGGCCGUGGAAGGCAGAAUGGGGUAACAAUUGUGCUUGGGCAUGGCAGCAAACAAUCGUGCCUGAUGUGAAAACGCCCUAACCCUUACAAAGUUUCAGUCCAGACAUACUUCAUCAGGUUGUGCAGGCGUUUGCAGAAAGGUACUCCUGCUCUCAUAAAUACCACAUCUGAAUAAUUCUGUUUAUGCAUCAGCUUGUAAAUGUUGUUCAGCAGUGUCCAUAGCAAAAGAAGGUUGUGUAAUGUCUUGUAAUACUAAUAUAUUAUGUUUAUCACAAAUGAAUAUAUUUAAUGACACAUGAAUCAAUGUGGCUUAUGUGGUUUUUAUUUUUUGAUCUUUUAUUUUUUACUUUUUUUGCAUUGAAUUGUAGAUGGCUGUAAUGAAAAGUGUUGAUCUGUGUUUGGU